AAUAAACCUAUAUGUCGACAUAUGUUCAUUAAAAAAAAAUAAAUGAAUUUUCUGAUGGUUCUCUUACCAUUAAUUCAACUAAUUAAUGUUGCCGCGGUGACUAAUGAUGAAGCAUAUUUUCGAAGAAAUUGAAAUGGAAUUUUAUCAACUAAAUACAUGCUUGGAACAAUCCAUUUGGUGAAGACAUUUUCAUUCGACAAUUAGCUAUUGGAAAAUCAAAAAGUAAAAAAUGUCUGGAUUCCUAUGGCUAACAAAACAACCAUGGAUGGAUGUCCUAUACCGGUGGUUUGCUCCUUAUCAGCUACGUUAUACUAAUGCAUUCACUCAAACCACAUUAAAUCAGAUAAAUCAUCAUCGCCGAUAUCGGUUUGAGAUUUGUCGUCGACAAUUACCAACCAUAUCUCUGAUGGUUUUGAUGGUGAUGAUCAUCAUAUUUCUUGACCACGAUGAACAGCUAACCAUAAUAUGGGCGAUUAAACAGAGCAAUGUUUUCAAUAUUUGGUUUGGUCAUCAAUUCACUCGUGUCAUUGUAUGCUGUUAUCUUAUUUUUCUUAGCUAUGGAUCCAUAAUGAUCAUGCAUCGUUUUCUACCUUUUUGUCAUAACAAAUGGAACAAUAUGGUACUGAAGGAUUUACUUGAAUAUCAUAAUCGAAAGUUGCCAGCAUGUCGAUUGCGACUACUUCGUGGUUGUGAUUCAAAUACAUUGAAGCAUAUCGACUGGACCUUGUUUGGUCUUGAGAUUAUAUUUACGCUAGCUCCGAUCAUUUAUGCAUUAGUAGCUUUGAUUGCGUCUGCUAUUUUCGUCUAUCAAUUGUACCAUAAUCCACCGGCAACUCUAUUGGUAGCAAUCAUGGAAUUAUAUGUGUUUGGAAUCGGUAUUAUAGUCAUAUUUAUAAUUAUAAGUGGUGCUCUUUGGUUAUUUAUCGAUGCAGAAUUGCGAACCAUAUACUUUCAGGAUUGUUUUAUUCAGCUUAAUUCAUUAAUGAACGCUUCGGUACGAGAUAUUCAUAAUGUACGACGACGAAAAUGUAAAUAUUUAGACCAUUCAGGCGAAUGGGAAAGACGAUUAAUGCAUUUCAUGUAUCGUCACAAUUUUCUUUGUUGGUUUCUACAGCGUAUGAAUCCAUGGUGGAAACGAAGAAAUCUAAUUUGUGUUAUCAUAACCAUACCGAACAAUGCAAUGAUGGUCAAUCUAUUGCUUUUUCAAACGUUUGAGCCACGAAGAUUUCUCGUCUUAUUUGCUUUCACCGUAUUGCAAUUAGUGUUGGCAGCCAUUGCCGAAGGAAUUAUACCGGCAAUCAAUUAUUAUGCCAUUGGUGCUCGACAAUCCAUGUACGCAUACUUGGCUUUAUUACCUCAGCACUCAGCAUCAUUUUCAGUCAGAUCGAAUCUCAAAGCAUUAAGCUAUUUGGAACGUAUCACAUCUGAUCGAAUGACCAUUGGCGUCCAGAUUGGCAUCGAGCAAUUUGUCAUCACAUAUGCUUCUUAUUGGCAGUUCAUUGGGCUUUACGUGGGAUAUUUUUUUCGAACCAUCAAACUGUUUUCGUCAAACAGGGCCUGAACCAGAACUUUGAACCUGGCUUUCAUCAUUUCAUUGUCGAUCAAUUUUAUUGUCGCUUGAUUCCUAAUUAUUGUAAUAAUAAUUGUCAAUAACACUAACGGAUUACUUAGAAAUUGACACAUGAAUUCUGUUUUUAAAAAAAAUGUUUGAAUCAAAUGAUAAAUGAAAAACUUGACAAUCAAUUAAUGUACAGGUUUCUCUUGAAUUGUGCUAAAAUAAACAAUUCUUAAUUAGUUGGCUUGCCAAUCGGUUAUAAUUUAUUCGCUAAAUAAUGGUUGCAUAAUACAAUAAAAGAGUGCAAUUGGCAAACUUUUUUUUCAA